UCCGCUGGCGAUGCGGCACGAACAGGCUAGCCCCCGAGGCGACGGGUGGACAACGCUAGCGGGCUUCUUGGGGUCCAACCCCGUAGAAUGCCUUCUUCUUUUACUCUUCCUUUCCCUCUUCAAUAUCCUGAUGCAAGCUGCCGUAUCUCUAUUGUGUCCGAGGGCGACGCAUUCAUCCUUCACCGCAUUGUUCGCACAGCUACAUCGGACAUGGGCUGGACCCUGAUCGGACGAAGGCCCGGUUUUUCAUGGCCCUGGCCCAAAACGCCUACGUGGUGCACCGUUGUUGUGUCUGUCUUCUCUGGUCGGAUAAAUGCCAAUGGCCGGUUCGCCCUGCUCGGAAUGAGGCAAAGCGAGGAACGGAAACCGAGAGCCCUUCUUCGUCUUGUCGAGCCCGAGUCGUCGGGUCUCAUCUGCAAAGUCGACUCUGUUAGUUGGACACCCGUGAGCGUCAGCGACCGGCAUUCGCAAUGCGUCUUAGCUCCGAACCAUCUCCUCCAUCAUCAUCACAGGCCAACACAAGGCCACGGAAACACCCAGCUUACCUUACAUUCAGACUGAGAUACAACGCCGAGCAGCCCCCCAAAACCAAGAUGUGCUUGCCACGUCUGUGGCUCAUGCAAUCUAGGCGUAAGCGCGCACACGUCAGGGGACAGGCACCCGGAAUUUGCCAAGGGCAUAGGGCGGAACUGCAUUCAGGCUGGCCCCA